AUGGACAAGAAGUCCAGGAAUUUGCUCGAACUACCUACACAUCUAGUACCGCAACGGCAAGACCAUCGUCAAACACGGUGCAAAUAAUCGGACCAACCGGGCCAACGACGAACAAUUACGGUGGAUCUAGUACUGCAAGUCGUUCAUCGUACGCUCCUUCAUAUAGCUAUUCAACGCAGCGUCCUACAACCACUGGAUAUAGUUAUCCUACACCAGCUCCUGCGCCUAGUUAUCCUGCACCAGCUCCUGCGCCUAGUUAUCCUGCACCAGCUCCUGCGCCUAGUUAUCCCGCACCAGCUCCUGCACCGACUUCCGGCUACAGCUAUUCUCCAAUUUCGAGACCCAGUUACCCCGCUUCCGCUCCCCCGCGUACGUACACCGCAGCUCCUAGUUAUCCAGCACCAACUUCACGGCCAGCUUAUUACGCAUCACGACCUGGGCCACGUUAUCUACCUCCAGUCUCGUAG